CCCGCGGCCCCGGUGGGAGGCGGCUCCGUUCCCUCCUGUCGGCGACCGAGCGUGGCUGGUGCUCCGUGGCCGAGCUGUCCACCCUGCCGCCGCUGGGCUGUGAUGUGUGUGCUCCACUCGGCAGGAGGCGGGGAGUGCCCGGCGGAGAGGAAGGGAGUUAGUCAGCGGCGAGGAGGAGGAAGGGUGGGAGGUUAUAAAUAGCCCCGCGCGGCGCCGUGUCACGGAAGGACACCCUGGCCGGGCGCGGGGAGAGGUGGCCGCGCUCAGCCUCCCCCGGCCCGCCGUCCCUGCCUGUCCGCCCGCCGGCGGGCCCAGCUGCCAGCGGCGGAGUCGGGCCAGCCCCCGGCGGCGCGGACGGCCUCCGGCUUAUUGUUUUACGCUCGAGAAGUAAUUAAUAUAGCUAGCUGGAGGCAGCGGCAGCCAGUCUUCGCGGGGAGCGCAGCAGAGCGUUUCGGCUCCUUUCAGACCUCUCAGGAGACAGAAAAUGAAGCCGGAACGAGGUCACCUGAUUUUAGAGCAUGCAAGUAUAAAGGCUGGAUCCUUUACUGUUCUGUGAACUGCAAGUUUAUCUUGAGGAGCAAGAUGCUGCUGCUGCUGGUGAGAUUGGGUUGGAAGUGGUCGUGAGGGGUGAGCCCUGUCCCUUCAGUUCUCUGGAAAGGUGACACACGACUCCUUCAACUCCCCAAACCAAGCGUGUUGGAUGUGGUUUCACAUUAUGGUGGCAAUGACUGAAGCUAGCCUAGAUACUUUGGAUGAAUACUUUGAGUAUGAAGCUGAGGAGUUCCUGGUUUCCUUGGCCUUGUUGAUCACAGAAGGUCGAACGCCGGAGUAUUCGAUCAAGGGCAGAACAGAGGGCUUUCAUUGUCCACCAGCACAAUCAAGUCAGCCAGCAGCAACUAAGCAUGAAUGCAGUGACAAACUGGCUCAGUGUCGUCAAGCCAGGCGAACUAGAUCGGAGGUUAUGCUGCUGUGGAAGAACAAUAUUCCAAUCAUGGUAGAAGUGAUGCUACUUCCAGACUGUUGCUAUAAUGAUGAAGGGCCCACCACUGAGGGGACCGAUUUAAAUGAUCCUGCAAUCAAACAAGAUGCAUUGUUGUUAGAAAGGUGGAUUUUGGAGCCAGUUCCUCGACAGAGCGGAGAUCGAUUUAUUGAAGAGAAAACCCUUUUAUUGGCUGUUCGCUCUUUCGUUUUCUUCUCUCAGCUAAGUGCAUGGCUGAGUGUCUCACACGGUGCUGUUCCCCGAAACAUUCUGUACAGGGUGAGUGCUGCAGAUGUGGACUUGCAAUGGACAUUCUCCCAGACACCAACUGAGCAUGUCUUUCCUGUCCCUAAUGUUUCUCACAACGUGGCCUUGAGAGUCAGCGUCCAGUCCUUGCCCAGACAAUCGAACUACCCAGUUUUGACCUGUAGUAUUCACACCAACCUCGGCUUUUAUGAAAAGCGAAUGCAAGAGCGUAAGUCACAUCAGCGCAGCGAUUCCAGUGCAGCACAGCAAUGCAGUACCUCCAGUCCCCAGCGCUUCUGUGGGAAACAGACAUGGACAGCACCAUCUGAUGGCCUACUUAAUGGUAAAACGGCACCUGAAUUUACUACAUCUAUCAGAAAUUUAAAACUUUAUCCAUCUACUGGACUUGGAUCUGACUUUGGAACAUCACAGUCUAAAGUUCGGUGCUGUAAUGCUACAACAGACAGUAAGACACAACCUCAUGAAACACCAGUAAGAACUUUUAAAUCCUUUUCUCUAGUUAAUUCCCGAGUUUCAAAUAGUCAUUGCUCUCAUCAGCCCACGGGAGAAACCAAUCCUUUGAUAGGCUCUUUACUUCAAGAGCGACAAGAUGUCAUCGCAAGGAUUGCUCAGCACUUGAUUCACUGUGAUCCAGCCACUUCACCAGUUGUUACUGGACGACCAUUCAACAUAUGUGAAAAUAACUCGGCUACACCAAAAGCUUUUCGCAGUACUUAUGAAGAUGAUAACUUGCCAAGGAAAGGCAAGGAAACCUCUCCUGUUUCUCUUGCCAACUUGGACAAUGCAAUACAAGAAGAUGGUGAAGGAAAAAGUAGAACAAUACCAGAGAUCACACUGCUUGAUGCUGGUAGUCUGGUGAACAACUGUGGCCGUCAGUCAGCGGGAGAGAGUAAUCCCCUGAUUGAUUCUUUGCUCCAGGAGCGGCAGGAGGUGAUAGCAAGGAUUGCUCAACACUUGAUUCGCUGUGAUCCAGCUACUUCUCAUGUUACUGGACAUCCAUUCAAAGUGCAUGAGACUGGCUCAGCCACUUCAAAAAUUUUCAGAAGUACAUAUGAAGAUGAAAAUCUGCUGAAGAAAGGCAAGGAACCAUCUUCUGCUUCUUUUUCUAAAUCUAAUUUUUCUUUAUUAGAAGACAGCAGUAAAUCAAGGAUGAAGACACCUGAUACUCCUAUCAGUCCUUCUAGGUUUGAUGGAGAAUUGAAGGCUUCUCUGAAACUCCAAGCAAGAAGAAAAUUGAUUUUAGCAAAACCCAGUGAAGCUGUCCAAAAUACAUUUCAUCAGACAUCAAAUAAAACUUCCCAUGCGUUUACGAACAUUCACACAUCUUCUUCAUGUAUUAAAGAAAAUAAAUCUGAAUUGCCAGAUAAAUUGGAAACAAUGCAUUCUGGUUACACACAGAAAGAUCGGAUAGCCAAUAGAAUUAAACAGUGUUCAAAUACCAGCAGCACUGAUGAACAGUUUUGCACAAAUAAACUUAAAGAAAGAACAAUUGUUAGUGAGAGCAAUGGCAUGGACAAUUUUCACGAUUUACAGACAGAUAAAUGCAGAAAACUUGAAGGUACAAAAAAAGCAACUGUGAUGCAAGUAUCUGACUCUUUGCACAAAAAUGAGCUCAAGUGUUUAGAUAAAGACUCAAAACCCGCAAAUAUUUAUGAGCAAAAUACUCAGCUUAUUAGUAUUGAAAAUUAUUUAAAUAAAGACCAUGACAAUUUCAAAACCAAAACAAAACAAGAUAAAACAAAAACUGCACAUGAUGAGAAUGAAGACCCAACAGGCCUUGAUUUACAAAGCACUUCUCAGAAGAAACUUGCGGAAGAUAGUGUAAAGUCUGAGCGGCUGAAGAACCCAGAUGUACAGAGAGCGCCAUCACUGAAAUACACAAGUAUAUGUCGGAAACAUAAUUUUCAAUCCUUGGAUGGAACUUCAACCAAGGCUUUUCAUCCAAGAACUGGAUUGCCUUUGCUUUCAAGUCCUGUUCCUCAAAGGAAAACACAGUCUGGAUGCUUUGAUCUGGAUUCAUCACUGCUGCAACUGAAAUGUCUUUCUGCAAGAAGCCCACAACAAUGUAUAAACAGAGACAGUGAUCCAGAGAGCCAUGGGAAACCAUUUCUAAGUUCUAGUGCUCCACCAGUAACAAGUCUUAGCCUUCUGGGAAACUUUGAGGAAUCUGUCCUGAAUUUUCGCUUAGACCCACUUGGAGUGGUAGAGGGUUUCACAGCAGAAGUGGGAGCAAGUGGAGUCUUUUGUCCCACACACAUGACUCUGCCAGUUGAAGUGUCAUUCUACAGUGUUUCAGAUGAUAAUGCACCCUCUCCUUACAUGGGUGUUAUUACUUUAGACUCCCUUGGUAAAAGGGGUUAUCGGGUACCACCUUCAGGAACAAUACAAGUGACCUUAUUUAACCCUAACAAAACUGUGGUGAAGAUGUUUGUGGUGAUCUAUGACUUGAGAGAAAUGCCAGCUAAUCAUCAAACAUUCCUACGGCAAAGAACUUUCUCUGUUCCUGUGAGACGAGAAAUCAAGAGAACUGUCAAUAAAGAAAAUAGUCAACAGACUGAAGAAAGGCUACUACGCUACCUCAUACAUCUGAGGUUCCAGAGUUCUAAAUCUGGAAAGAUCUACCUCCACAGAGAUGUAAGGCUCCUAUUCUCUCGGAAAUCCAUGGAAGUUGAUAGCGGCGCUGCAUAUGAACUCAAAUCUUACACUGAAUCUCCAACAAAUCCUCAGUUUUCACCAAGAUGCUAGCAAACAAUGGUGAACUAUUCGAUUUACUGUUGAUUACUCCUUACAAGCGAAGACUGGUAGAGAUGACAGUAUAAAGUUCAGUCUGUAAAGGAAUUGAAAUAGCUCUCAAGAGAGAAGGUUCUUGUGUGAUCCUGGACCAGUUUUUAAAAGGUUUCUGGAAUGAGCUUUGUGUAUUCCAAGUAGACUGGAAACAUACCUAAAUCUAAUCUUUUUGUACUGUUUAAAACCACUUCAUUGGAUGUGUUGCAAUAGCAAAUUCCCAAGUUAGUUUAGUGUUUACACUUUUUAUUUUAUUUUUCAGUUAUUUAAUAUUUAAUGUUUCAUUUAAUACUCAAGUGAUGUUUGUCUUAGUGUUCUAAUGUAGCAUAAAUCCUAUGUAAAAUCAUACUAUGUAUUUUUGGCAUUAAUAUUGAAAUCUGAAAUAUAUACAGAUGUCUUUAAUCUGUGUGAUGUAUUAAGUGAUAUUCAUUUAAGUUAUUGAAAAUGGGGACAACAGGUGAAUUAUUUCCAUAACAUUUCAUACUAUGCAAGCAUUUAUCUUUCUUCUUUUCUCUAAAUUGGUACCCUUCUCCCCCUCCCCUGCAGUUUUAGUAACAUGUGGAACCAUAGUACAGGUGGUUUAUUCACUUAUGCAUUCAGAUCAUUGGUUUUAUUCAUAUCUUGCUCCCUCAAUUUCUUCUUCCUUAAGGGUCACUUUAAUUUUGCUUUGUUAUUGGUUUUUCUCACAUAACAUUCACACCCUCCCACAUUUAAUUUCCCAGAUUGUGUUAAAGGAUGUACUGUGCAAGCAAAUUAGUAUUUAUAUCUUAAAUAUAUGCAAACGCCAUGAAACCUGUACUUUUUGUUUUGUUUUUAGAUGAGGAGAAUCUUCAUGUAAUCCUAAAUAUUUUUAAUAGGCCACUAGGUGGCCAUAGGAAGUUUUACUAGAAAUGCUACGUUGGGCAUACAAAUAUUUUCCAGUAUGUAUGUGUAUUCCUUAAACAAAACAGUCAGAUAAACAGUUUAUGCUAAGUGUUAAACUGUGUAACUGAGAGAAAUAAAGUUA